AUAAUUACAUGGGGGAUCACAAUAGUGAUUUCAUUACAAAGAGGCCCAUGCUUAGGGAACCGAUCGAAACUGGACAAUUUUCAAAAUUCGGGGAAAAAUUAGGGUUUAAACGUUCAUAAACCAUCAACUACACAGUAUUCAAUUGUCUUGAUUAGUGGUGGUAUUCAUACAAGCUUGAAACUUGGGUCUUCAGCACUGAGGCUAAUACUGUGGAGGUGUGGAUGGACGAAUAUCCUACAUCCCUCAAAAGAAAACAACUGGAAGAAAAUUUAAACAGCAAACAAGAAGUUCCUGCUCAAGAAUCUACCUCUAAGAGGCGUAACUUAUCUCAGACAUGUGUGCAUGAGGUGGCUGUUCCAAGCGGAUAUGCCCCAAGCAAGGAUGAAUCAGUUUAUGGUACCCUUGCAGAUCCCAUUUAUAAUGGGGAAAUGGCAAAAACUUACCCAUUUAAGCUUGAUCCUUUUCAGGAGGUUUCUGUGGCUUGUCUGGAAAGAAAUGAGUCGAUUUUAGUUUCUGCACACACUUCAGCUGGGAAAACUGCAGUGGCCGAGUAUGCCAUUGCCAUGGCCUUUAGGGAUAAACAGAGGGUGAUAUAUACUUCUCCACUAAAAGCUUUGAGCAAUCAGAAGUACAGAGAGUUGAGCCAGGAGUUUUCAGAUGUUGGCUUGAUGACGGGUGAUGUGACACUUUCACCUAAUGCAAGUUGUUUGGUGAUGACUACGGAGAUUCUAAGAGGAAUGCUUUAUAGGGGUUCUGAGGUGUUGAAGGAAGUUGCUUGGGUCAUAUUUGAUGAGAUACAUUACAUGAAAGAUCGUGAACGAGGUGUUGUUUGGGAGGAAAGUAUUAUCUUCUUGCCCCCUGCAAUUAAGAUGGUUUUCCUUUCAGCAACGAUGUCAAAUGCAACUGAAUUUGCUGAAUGGAUAUGCAAUUUACACAAACAACCUUGUCAUGUUGUCUAUACAGAUUUCAGGCCGACACCCCUGCAACAUUAUGUGUUCCCUAUGGGUGGUUCUGGUUUGUAUCUUGUGGUUGAUGAGAAUGAGCAGUUUAAAGAGGACAACUUUUUGAAGCUUCAGGAUACUUUUGUGAAGCAAAAUCUCGCUGACGGGAACAACACUGUCAAUGCCAAGGCCAAUGGCAGAAUUGGAAAAGGUGGAAAUGCUUCUGGUGGUUCAGAAAUAUACAAAAUUGUCAAGAUGAUAAUGGAGCGGAAAUUCCAACCAGUCAUAGUUUUUAGUUUUAGCAGAAGAGAGUGUGAACAACAUGCCAUGUCGAUGUCCAAGCUUGAUUUUAAUACCCAAGAGGAGAAAGAUGUUGUGGAUCAAGUUUUUAGAACUGCAAUCCUCUGCUUGAGCGAGGAGGAUAGGAACUUACCGGCUAUUGAAUUAAUGAUGCCAUUGCUUCAGAGGGGCAUUGCUGUUCACCAUUCCGGUUUGCUUCCUAUUAUCAAAGAGCUUGUGGAGCUUCUCUUUCAAGAGGGGCUUGUCAAAGCUCUCUUUGCCACAGAAACGUUUGCUAUGGGCUUGAACAUGCCUGCAAAAACUGUCGUUUUCACAACUGUAAAAAAGUGGGAUGGUGACAGUCAUCGUUAUAUUGGAUCUGGUGAGUAUAUCCAGAUGAGUGGUAGAGCUGGACGUCGUGGUAAAGAUUCGCAGGGUAUUUGCAUUAUAAUGAUUGAUGAAGAGAUGGAGAUGAAUACCCUUAAGGACAUGGUUUUGGGAAGACCAGCACCUUUAGUCAGCACUUUCAGAUUAAGCUACUACUCAAUUCUGAACUUAAUGACCCGUGCUGAGGGGCAAUUCACUGCUGAGCAUGUUAUAAAAAAUUCCUUUCAUCAAUUUCAGUAUGAGAAGGCUUUGCCUGACAUUGGGAAAAAGGUCUCAGAGCUUGAAGAGGAAGCUGCUAAGCUUGAUUCCUCUGGCGAGGUUGAGGUUGCUGAAUAUCAUAGGUUAAAGCUUGAGAUAGCCCAACUUGAAAAGAAAAUGAUGGCAGAAACAACACGGCCUGAAAGAAUGCUCUCUUACCUUCUACCUGGUAGGCUGGUUAAAGUAAGGGAAGGUGGAACAGAUUGGGGUUGGGGAGUUGUAGUCAAUGUGGUGAAAAAACCCCCUGCAGCAUCAAGUUCUUUGACUGCUGCACUUGCUUCUUCACGUGGUAAUGGUUGUAUUGUGGAUGUUCUGCUUCACUGUUCUCUUGGCUCAAGUGAAAAGGGUCCUCAACCAAAACCUUCUCAUCCUCUUCCUGGAGAAAGAGGUGAAAUGCAUGUGGUUCCUGUUCAGUUGCCUCUCCUUUCUGCACUUAGCAAGCUCAGAAUAUCUGUUCCUUCUGACUUGCGGCCGAUGGAAGCUCGACAAACCAUUCUCCUUGCUGUACUCGAGCUUGAAAAACGCUAUCCCCAAGGCCUUCCAAAGCUUAAUCCUGUGAAGGUCCUAAAGAGUUACAUGUUUAAAUAUCCUCGAGAAAGAAAACAUCUGGAUAUGGGAAUCAAUGAUCUAGAGUUUGUUGAAUUGGCGAACCAAAUCGAGGAACUUGAACAGAAAUUGUUUUCUCACCCACUGCAUAAGUCUCAAGACGAACAUCAGAUUAGAAGUUUCCAGAGAAAAGCAGAAGUCAAUCAUGAAAUUCAACAGCUAAAGUCAAAAAUGCGCGAUUCACAGCUUCAAAAAUUUCGUGAUGAACUUAAGAACCGUUCACGGGUUCUUCAAAGACUGGGUCAUAUUGAUGGUGAUGGCAUCGUUCAGUUGAAGGGACGUGCAGCCUGCCUGAUAGAUACUGGAGAUGAGCUGCUUGUUACGGAAUUGAUGUUCAAUGGUACCUUCAAUGAUCUCGAUCAUCAUCAAGUUGCAGCUCUGGCAAGUUGCUUCAUUCCUGGAGAUAGAUCGAGUGAACAGAUUCAUUUAAGAGCCGAACUUGCUAAACCAUUGCAACAACUUCAAGACAGUGCCAGAGGAAUAGCAGAGAUAGAACGUGAGUGUAAACUUGAGAUAAAUGUGGAUGAAUACGUUGAGGCGUCUGUUAGGCCAUACUUGAUGGAUGUGAUUUACUGUUGGUCAAGGGGAGCUUCGUUUGCAGAAGUUCUCGAAAUGACUGAUAUUUUUGAAGGUAGCAUCAUACGGCUAGCCAGACGGCUUGAUGAGUUUUUAAACCAGUUGAAAGCUGCUGCUCAUGCUGUUGGAGAAGCUGGCUUGAAGGAUAAGUUUGCAGCAGCUAGUGAAAGUAUUCAUCGUGGGAUAAUGUUUGCAAAUUCAUUAUAUCUCUGAGGUUGUGGAGAACUGCUGAUGCUUUUCUGCAAGUGCCGACUAGUACAAGCGUGUCUCAUCGCCUAAAGCCAAUAUUGUGGUUUGCCGUUGUAGUUCUAAAAUUAAAAGGUAAGUUGUUUACUAUUGGCUACCAAUAUUCUCCAUCCAAAAUAAAGUUGUCAAUCUGUAAUAUUUUAGUGUAUGUAAAAGGAAGUGUCGAAACAAUAGGUUGAAGGGACAAGAGUAAUUUAGUUGUAGCUAAAUUCGUGUUGACGCAAAUGCAAUGACAUUAUCAGUAUAAACUAGAAAUGGCAAUGGGAAACGAA